CUCUUCUUCCCCCUCAUUCCCUUUAAUUGUCAUAUUUUCAAAUAUUUCAUCCUGUCUUCGUCUUGUUCCUUUUUUUUUCGUUCCUUGCCCUAGGUCUACUACUCCUGCACUCUUAUCGCCGUCCAUCGUCUUCAUCUUCUUCUCUUCCAUCUUGUGUGUUAUUUCGCCCCUAUUCAGUUCUUCGUUUUUCUUCGUUUGCUUGUGGCCCUUUCUUGUCUAAAUAUUUUUCGAGGUCUCUGUUCUUUAACAGAAAAUGGGAUCCACAGAAAUGAAAAAAAUGGGAAAAGAAGAUAGAAAAGGGAAGAAACGAAAAGCUUCUACUGAAGAUUGUCUUUUUGAGGUCUUUGAAAUUAUUCUGAACUACAAUGGACAGUUUGAAGACUUUGGUUAUUUUAAUGAGGAUGUGGCUGUUAGAAAAUUUCAUAUUGAGGAUAUAGGAUUAAAUAGUCUAGAUAAGUGGUUACUUGAAUUGAAGGUUGAGGGAUUGUUAAUGUAUUAUUGGAGGCGGGCUGGCAUGUAUACUGAAGAAUUAAUUCCCAUGGAAAAUGAUGACCAUGUCAUGGACAUGGCACUGGCUGGGACACAAGAUGGUAGUGUUGAUGUGUAUGUUAGGAAGUUAAGCUGUGUUGACGUGUGCAACCUAAGGCCUGUAUUUGGACACACAUUAUUUGAGUUGAAAGAACUUGAAGAUGGGGAUGAUGCAUUGGAGCUACAGGGUGUUGGUGAGGCUGAACCGGUGGGGGUGCUGCAGAUUGAAGGUCCUGUGGAAGCAGUGGAGGUGCUGCAGAUUGAAGGUCCCGGUGAACCAGUGGAGGUCCUUCAUAUUGAAGGUCAAAAAGAAGGUGAACCACUAGAUUUGCUGCAAAUUAAAGCAGUUGAAGAACCCUCGGAGGAGCAGCAGCAGAUUGGUGGGUCAGACUGAAGGCCGAGACACUAGAUUGACCUAUUUUUGGGCCAUAUGAAACAACAUUUGUAACCUUUUAGGUUAAUAUGUAUGUUGCAUUUUAUAUUAUUAGUGACAAUUUGGAUUUUAGAUCAAAAUGAAUGUUGAUUACAAACUUGGAAUGUAUUGUUUGCUUAUGUUAUUGCUGUUUUGUUUUUAA